AUGUUGCAUAAGCUGAAAAUGGGGAUCCAGCGGAUCAAGGCGAGGCAGAUCUUCGACUCGCGGGGGAACCCGACGGUGGAGGUGGACGUGGUGACGGAGAAGGGGCUGUUCAGGGCGGCGGUGCCGUCCGGGGCGAGCACGGGGGUGCACGAGGCGCUGGAGCUACGGGAUCAGAUCAAGGGGGAGUACCAUGGGAAGGGGGUCAAGACGGCCAUCAAGAAUGUCAACGAGGAGCUGGGACCGGCGAUUGUGGCGAAGAACUUCGACCCGACCCAGCAGGAGGCCAUCGAUAAGUUCAUGCUGGAGCAGGAUGGGACCGAGAACAAGUCUAAGUACGGAGCCAAUGCCAUCCUGGGCAUUUCGCUUGCCGUCUGCAAGGCCGGAGCCGUUCACAAGGGCCUCCCGCUCUAUAGGUACAUCGCCGAGCUGGCGGGCAACAAGGAUGUCAUCCUCCCUGUCCCUGCUUUCAAUGUCAUCAAUGGAGGCUCUCAUGCUGGGAAUGGACUGGCCAUGCAGGAAUUCAUGAUCCUUCCUACUGGGGCAACCAGCUUCAGUGAGGCAAUGCGCAUGGGCUCUGAGAUCUACCACCACCUGCAGAAGGUAAUCAAGGGCAGGUUUGGCCUCGAUGCCACCGCUGUUGGGGAUGAGGGAGGUUUCGCCCCCAACAUCCUCAACAACAAGGAUGCUUUGCAGCUGAUCUCUGAUGCCAUUGCCGCUGCCGGGUACACCGGGAAGAUCGACAUCGGCAUGGAUGUGGCUGCUUCGGAGUUCCAUAGGGAUGGAUUGUAUGACUUGGACUUCAAGAACCCAAAUUCUGACAAGUCUAAGUGGCUGCAGCCAGACCAGCUAGCUGAUCUCUACAAGGAGUUCAUCAAGGACUUCCCUAUCGUCUCCAUCGAGGAUCCUUUCGACCAGGAUCACUGGGAUGCCUGGUCGAAAAUCUGCGGGAGUGUCAACAUCCAGGGUGACUUGGAAUCUCGACAGAUCGUGGGCGACGACUUGACUGUGACCAAUCCCAAGCGAAUCCAGAUGGCAGUUGACAAGAAGGCAUGCAACUGCCUCCUUCUUAAGGUCAACCAGAUUGGCUCUGUCACUGAGGCCAUUCAGGCUCAUGAAUUGGCUAAGAAGAACGGAUGGGGGACAAUGGUAUCUCAUCGAUCUGGAGAGACUGAGGACACCUUCAUUGCUGACUUGGUUGUCGGUCUGUGCACCGGCCAGAUCAAGACUGGAGCACCAUGUAGAUCUGAACGCCUGGCUAAAUACAACCAGAUUCUCCGCAUCGAAGAGGAGCUGGGCGGUAAUGCCAAGUACGCCGGGAAGAACUUCCGUCACCCCGUCUAAGCAUUAGUCGAGUCGCAAGGCAGUCUCCGUCACAGUCCCCUUUGUGCUUAUCCGUUUCCGAUGCGUCACUGCCCGUCUGCGGACCUGCAUGCCGUCGCAGCCGUUCUCUUUGGGCAUGUUCCUCCAGUUUUUUGGUUUUUUAGGUCAAUCAUGUUCUCCCUAGUCAAAUCUCCCUAGUGAAUCUUUGUUUUAUUUACUUAUCUGUAUCCUUCAGGAUGCUUUUUUGAAUGUUGAGAGAGAUCUGCUUGGAAAUGAGGAGAAAUAAAUAAAUCCUCCAAA